UGAGUGGUCACACGAUUUGCACAAACAUUACAUUCACUCGUGAGUCGCGACUUCACCAUCAGAUUCAAGACACCAUCCAUUGGACACUCAUUUCAAGACAUCGCUACAACACACAUCACCUUAUAAUUGAUCCACAAAUCCAUUGACAUCUAGAGGUCGAGCCCUUACAAUGAAUCCAAUGGUACCCCAAGUGAUACACCCACACCUAUCGGCCGAUCACCAGUGGAUCGGCUACUCAUUCGGCACCCGUUUCCGCGUCAGACAACUAUCACCUGACAGUAGAUCCCAUUCCCGUGUCAUCCCGCUAUCCCACGGCUUCUUCGACAACAUCUUCAUCGCCCACUUCGCGACCCCUGAGACCCACUUCGAGGUGGACGUCGACAACACCCCCAACACCACCACAAACAUCGAGUACUGUCUGCGCGCAGCCCUCUCGCCGGUGAUGAAGACCUAUCACUUGAGAAGGGGGUCACAGAUCAGCCACAAAGCCAUCACCACUGGUGGCCAACGACUGGUGUUCGUCGGCAACACCGGCGCCCCGGAGAUCGCGAGGGCUGUCCAGUGGAGGGCCGACAGGUAUGGCGUACCGGUGGCCGACGCCUGGGUAUACCAGUCGCGGCUCUGCGUCAAUGUGUUCACUGAGAAACCCGUGGAACUGAUCGGUGAUACCAUACGAGUGAUCAUUAAAUACGUGUAUCGCCUGAACGCCGGCCCACAACUGGUCCAGAGGUUUGACGUGCGGAUCGGUUCCCGCAAUACUGUGGCGGCGCUCAAGAAGUUGAUCGACGAGGCGGAGGGCAUACCAUUCAGGGAUCAGAUGCUGCUCCGGAAGCAUACCGCGUAUCUGAAGGACUCGCAAGUGCUCAGCGACUGCGAUGUCGGCGAUCAGUCGGAGGUCUAUCUGAUCCCUAAGGUGUUUGGCGGUCGACCCCUCACUGAUGAGGUCGUGGCUGAGAUGUGCGGUAACCGCGGAGUCCUGUGUUUCGGUGAUAAUACGGAUCAAGUGAUGGCCCCAGAGAUACCACUGUUUAAAGUGGAUCCGAUGGUCGACAUCAAGUCGUUUAUCAUUGAGUUGCGAUCCAAAGACUAG